AUGGACACGCUAACAGAUGACUUGGCAGUAGUGAAGGUUGCAGAGUUUCAGUCUGUAGGAUCUACAGGCUACCCGCUGCAUGACGUGGAUGAGGACGAUUUAGAGGACUUUGACACGUCAGUGUCGUCAAGCGACUCGGCCGAGUCGUCUCCCCGGCCUUCCUGGAAAAUUGCAGCAGCUAUGGAUCCACAUCAGCUUGACUGGGUACACCUCGCGAGCCGCUUAAAGUCGUCUGCUCUUGGCGUGCGCCACCAGAAUAACACCUCAGAAGGUUGUUUCCAGACGAUCGCGGGCUCCUCGCUGGAGGACGAGGAGCGCGUCGCUGACGGGUGCUCGGGCGACAAAAGUAUAGAGCGGUCCGAGGAUUGGAGCGACGGUUCGAUUGCCACAGGAGGAGGCGAUUACGAGCGGGAUGAUUCUUCUAGUGGACGGGAGAGUGAGAGGUUUCAGGAACGGUGCGAGGCGGUGACGGCGAACGUGCGGGAAGUGGUUACACGCGAGCAGGCGGGGAAGGAUUGGCGGUCGGAGCAAUCGUGGGACGCGAGUAGCGUGGGGUUGUGGGACGAGCGCGGCGACGGCGAGUCGGACGCGGCGGAGUCGGUACGGAGCAUCUUCAGCUGGCCGGUCGUUUCGAGCUCCGAAAGCGAGGCGGAAGGCACGGAGAUGGUCGACAUGGCGCGGGCGGUGCGGGUGGCGGAGAUGGUGGGGAAGGCGGAGACGGCGGAAACGGCGGAGUCGGCGGAGACUUCAGAGACGACGGAGAUUCCGGAGACGGCGGAGAUUCCGGAGACGGCGGAGAUGACGGAGACGGCAGAGGCGGCGGAGAUGGCGGGGACGGUGGGGAUUGUCAAGAUUGACAGCGAGUUACAAGUGCGUGUAGUUAAGGGGCUUAGGCGGGAAGAGGAGCGGUGCGGACUGGAGCUGCUAGGCGCCGUGGUUGCGAGGAGUAAUUUAGAGCCGUUUCGAAAUAAACUGUUAGGUGGCGUAGUAGCGAGGAGGAGUAAGAGGCGGAAGAGGCGCGCAGCGGUGAGUGCGGCGCGCAUAGCGGGAAUUGAAGACGACAGUAGCGAGUCCGAAGCGGAGGGGAUUGAAGGGCGGGAGAUGCAAGUGUUCCGCGUAGCGGUUGUACCGCCGGAAGAUGAGGGCGCGCACGGCGGAAUUAAGGGGGCAGUGAGUCGGGGCGGGGCUUGCUCGAAUCAGACCAAUAGGCUUCGGGACGGAGUUAGCGAAACGGUUGGGAUGCUGGGUGGAAGCGUGGAGGAGGAACCGGCGAUGUGCCUUGCGCGAGCGGCAGCAGGUAUCGCGGCGCUGGGAGGCGAGAAAGCGGGUUUGGCGGAAGAGUGUCUUCCCGCUGACGCUGCCAGCAGCCCCUGUCGCGUCGCGGCUAGAGAUCCUCCUCCUCCCACGGGUUCGCGCUGCGACGGUGGGCCCGAUAUAAGCACGAGCCGGGCAGUGCUGCCGCGCGGGGAAGGGGACAGCGGGCCAGCGCGCAAAGAGGCUGGCGCACGCGAGUCCGCGGUGCGCGGAGCUCUGAGAGGGGCUUUCGAGGCGGUGCUGCCGGGCAUGCGCGCGGUCACCUCCGCCCUCCAAUCCGCCGUGGAGCUUCAAAGCGCGUCCGCCGCGCCGCCGGACCGCGCGCAGCUGCUCGCCGCGCUGGCGCGGGCGCAGGGGCUGGCGGAGGGGCAGCAGUGUCUGGCGCCGUGGGACCCGGACGCGGUGGUCGCGGUGCCCCUCGGGACUGCCGCGCAGGUAAAAUCCGCGCUGCAGGCCUCGCGGGAGCUGCUGCGCGCGGAAGAGCUCGCGCUUCCGGGGGAGAAGGGGGAGACGGGGAAAGACGCGGAGGCGGAAAUGCAGGCGGAUGGGGAAGACGCUUGUCGAGGGGAGGACGGGCAGGAGGGAAUGGGGGAAGUGAGCGGGGGCGGCGGAAGCGGAGUAAGCGAGGAAAGCGGGGGAAGCGGGGGGAGCGGAGGAAGCGGGGGAACCGGGGGAGGCGGCGGAAGCGGGGGAAGCGGCGCGCUGCCCAUGGUGCUGGUGCGCACGCUGCAAGCCCUGGACGUGUUCGAGGACGUGCCCCUGCGGGACGAUGAGGAGGGCGCGGGGGGCGGAGGCGGGGGCGCGCGGGUGUUCGUCCCCAUGCGCCAGCUGGCGGCGGGGCUGGCGACCGUGGGGGGAAACCUAGGCGGAAGCAUGGGGGGGAAUCUGGGGGCCAUGGGGAGAGUGGGGAGCGGAAAUGGCCGGGGGAGCGUGAGGGGGAGUGAUGGGGAGGGGGAGGGGCAGGAUGGGGUGGUGGGGGCGGGGCAUGGGCGUGGGGAAGCAGCAAAUGGGUAUGAGGCGAUGGGGUAUGGGGGGGGUGCGUUUUUGGAUGACUUGAGGUAUGCUGGUGGGGGAGUUUAUGGCGAUGGAGAGUGCAUGGGUGGUGAGAUCAUUGAAGGUACAGGCCGCUUUGAUGCUGUGGGGUGCGUAGAAGAGUGUGGGUGCAUGGAGGAGUGUGGAUACGUGGAGGAGAGCGAAGCAAGUGGGCAGGAGGAUACAGGCUAUGGGGAAAAUGACUCGGUCAGUGGCGAGCGCGUUGGGAGGAUCAGGAGGAGCAGGGAGAGAAGCGGGCGGCUGAGGGGGGAUGGAAUGACGAUGGUAGAGAAUGACAGGGCGAUGGAGGGGGAAGAGGAGGAGGAGGACGGUGAGGGGACGCAGGUGGGGAAGCAUGGGGGUGGUGAGGGUGAGGAUGAGGGAGAGGAGGAUGAGCUGUGGAAGCUGCGUGCCUCCCUGCACCGGGCGUCACAGCGAGCGCUGCUCUCCCCACACGCCAUGCUGUGCCCCCGCCACCACACUCGCAUGCUCUCUGCUCCGCACUUGCACUCCUCCCCCCACUUGCAUCCUUCCCCCCACUUACACCCCUCCCUUCCUCGUAUCGAUCCCUCUUCCGAUGCUGCCCUCUUCCGCUCACACACGGACUGGCCGCGCUACCGCACCCCCUCCGCCCUCUCCGCGCCUUCCCCCACCCGCGAGGGGGGAGAGAGUGCUGCUGCCACGGCCGCCGCCGCAGCAGCUGCGUGGUGGCGGGAGGAGUGGGAGGGGAGUGGGAGGCGGGAGGGAGUGGACAGGGGCGAGUGUGAGGGGAGUGGAGGGCGGGAGGUGGAGGGGAGGGGCGCGUGGGAAGGGAGUGGAGGGCAGGAGGUAGGGGGUAGGGGCGAGUGGGAGGGGAGUGGGACGGGGGAGGCAGGGGGAAGCGGCGAGUGGGAGGGGUGGGAGAGGAGUGCGAGCUUUCCUCUUUCGGGCUGGGACCGGGGCCAGUGGAGGGAUGAUUCGUGGGGGCAGAAUGUGAUUGGCACUCAUGUGAGUGUUGAGAGGGGAAGAGCAGUGGUGUGCAGUGGUGGUGGUGCGGCGGGCGAGGGGCAUUGCAGAGUGCUGGGAAAGGGCCAGUUGAGCAAUGGUGAUGGUAGUGAGAUGGGGGGGGUGCUGGGGCGUGGGGGUGCAGUGCGGAAGCAGAUGGGUAAGACGAGACGGAGAACGGUGGAGAAGAGUGCAGAGCGGCGAGUAAAGGAGGAAGUGUUAGGGAGGGAAAUGAAGGAGAGGAGGCAGGGAGUGGAAGCGCGGAAGGAAGGAGAAGAUAUAGAAGUGGUUGAUCCGAGUGUGGCGGAGGCAGGGAGGAUGCAGAGGGUGCACAGGAGAAAGGGGAAGAAGGUAUUGAAAGGGGCGGAGAAGGGAGAUGGGAGCAAGGAAGGUGCUUCUUUGGAGAAGCAGAAGAAGAGUGUGAGAAAGGUUGGUUCCACAGGCAGUGGAGAGGUGGAGGUGGGGAUGGGGGUGGGGAUGGAAGGGGACCCAGUGGUCCAGAUACCUGUGAAGGGCAAGGUGAGGCGAAGGGGGCAGGAGGGUGUGGGCGGAUGUAGCAGUGUGGCAGGUGCGGGCGGGGAGGUGGGGGUGGGGAUGGAAGGGUGUGGACCAGGGGUUAAGGUACCUGUGAGGGCUAAGGCGAGGAGAAAAAAGGGAGAAGGUGGGAGCAGAUGUAACAGUGUGGCAAGUUCAAUGGCUGUGGGGGGAGGGCUGGUGCCGGGUAGGCAUGGGAAGGGGAGUGGGCAGGGGAAGGUGAGUGGGAAGGGGAGUGAGCAGGAGAAGGGGAGUGCACAGGGGAACGAGAAUGCAGAGGGGAGGAAGGGGAGAGGGCAGUGGGGGGAGGGGAUGGGACAUGGGGGUGUGGAGAGCGGUGCAGUCAAGAAGGGGUCAGAGAGGGUGGUCGAUGGGAAGGUGGUGGCAGCAACGGGUGCUCCAGACAAGACAAGUGGGGCUGGUGGUAGCAGUGGUGGGGGUAAUGGAGGUGGCGGCCCUGCUGCUGCUGCUGGUGGUGGUAACCGUGCAGGUGGGUUCAUCCCACACCGAGCCUGCAAGCCAGGCAGGAGCAGCACGGCGCUCACUGCUCUGCGCACAGGCGGUGACGUUCUCGGGUCGUUCGCGCUUGCAUCCUUGUCUGCAUCCUCAGCAGCAGGCGAGCCAAAGGAGUGCUGGGUGGAAUCAGCAGCAGGGGGGCUAAAAAAGGGCCGUCUGGAUGAAACACGAGGCCAGCAGCCGAAUCAGCUUGUUAUUCCACCAUCUUCCCUCGCCUCCACCCAUGUCUCACUCCCUGACGCCUCUCCUUCUGUCUCAGUGCUCCGCUCUUUCUUUGAGUCGGCUCAAAACCCCGCCCUCUUUCGCCCCACCUCCACCUCCCUCUCACUCCCCAAGGCCUCUCCCUCUGUCUCGGUACCCAGCUGUGCCACUUGGGCUGCUGGGAUGGCUGCGGCCCCUUGGGAACCCAAGCCUGCUGCUCUUUGCUUCACCCCUUCACCAGCUAACCCCCCACUCUUUCUCCCCACCUCCACCUCACUCCCCAAGGCACCUCCCUCCGUUUCGGUACCCAGCUCUGCCACUUGUGCCGCGGGGAUGGCUGCUGCCCCUCAGCAAUUCAAGCCUGCUGCUCCCUGCAUCACCGCUGCACCAUGUGCUUCAUUCCCCAAAGCAUCUCCCUCCUUGUCGGUACUCAGCUCUGCCACUUCUGCCGCGGGAAUGACUGCUGCCUCUCGGCAAUCCAAGCCUGCUGCUCCCUGCGUCACCCCUGCACCAGCUGCCCUCCAUGCAGUGACCCGGUGUGAGGUGGAGUGGGGUGUGAGUGUGGGUGCUGUGGGGUUGGAGGAGGGUGACGUUGCUUCUGGCUCGUCGUGGCAGAUGGGGCCGGAAUGGGGUGAUGGCACUCCUGCUGGACCAUGCACGCGAAUGGAGGUGGCGGCCUUUUCUCUCGCCCUGCCGGAAUACAACGACGCCCCGCAGCUCUCCUUCAUCACGCACGGAUGCGCCUUCAUGGGCCUGCUCUCGCCCAUGGGCGUCCCCGCCCCGAUCAGAUACGUGCAAGAAGGCGAUAUAGUGGCAAUCCCGCGCGGGUGGGCGAGCUGGGCGUGGAACAACGGGUCGGAGCCCCUCAGGGCGCUGCUGCUGUCCGACACGCGCUCUGCCGCGCAGGCGGGCGAGGUGCACGCGUUCACUCUCAUGGGCGGCCCGCAUGAGACACUGGGGGGUGUGCUGCAUGGGUUCAGGGCGCUGCUGCUGUCCGACACGCGCUCUGCUGCGCAGACGAGCGAGGUGCACGCGUUAACUCUUAUGGGCGGCCCAUAUGAGUGGCUGGGCGGCGUGCUGCACAGUUUCAGUCGACUCAAAAGCUUGCUCUCACUCUUCCCCUGCUCUCUCUCCUCUUCCCCUCGCGCCUCCCCUCGCGCCCCCCUUUGCGCGCCCGUCUCUCGCCGCCCCCCUUUCAUCCCUCGCAGUGCCGAUCUGCUAGCAAGGGCGUGGGACGUGGAGGAGGAGGAGGCAAAGCGACUGGUGGCAGGGCAGAAGCACGUGGGCUUCAUUGCCAUCGGAUGGAAUGUGGAACGCAUGGUGCAGGGCGCUGCGUGCAGUGUGCAGCAGCAAGGAGGCUCCAUGGUUCGCCCUCUCACUGUCAUGACUUUUGAGGCGCCUCAAAAGUCGUCUCCGGGUGACUCCAUGGUUCGCCCUCUCACUGUCAUGGCGUCCUGUCCUCUGCCCCUCCCAUGGCAGCACAACGCACCACGCCUGACCGCAGAGGUGUACGCGAUGGUGGAAGGGAGCGAGGAGGCGUACGGUGCAGAGGGGGAGGUGAUGAAUGCUGUUGACAGCAUCAUCAUGGAGGGCAGCAAUGGCGUGAAGCACAUGUGCAUGGGCGACAUCUCCCCCUUCACGCGCUUCAAGUGCAGCCUGGCCUGCUCGACGCCUGACGUGUCAUUCUGUCCUUUCCCUCCCCUCCUCCCUCCCCCCCUCCCCCCCCCCCCCCCCCCCCCCCCCGAACAACAAUCGCAGCACAACGCCCCGCAGCUGACAGCGCAGGUGCAGGUCAUGCUGGAAGAGAGCGAUCAGACGUACGGUGAGGAAGAGGAGAUCGUCCACAGCAUCAGCAUGGAGGGCAGCAACAGCGUGAAGCACAUGCGCAUGGGCGACAUCUCCCCCUUCACGCGCUUCAAGUACAGCCUGGCCCACGCCACACCGGAUGUGUCGGUGCCCAAGGGAGGAGAUAUCUUCGUGGUGGAUCGCUCCAAGCUGCCCGUGCUGCACCACAUCGGCCUCUCCGCCUUCCUGUAUCACCUGCAGCCCAGUGCACUCCUCGCCCCCCAUUGGUACUUCAAUGCGGCCAUCCUGCACGUGGUGCAGGCGGGCAGUGGCCGCAUCGAGCCCAGCGCACUCCUCGCCCCCCACUGGUAUCCCAACGCCGCCAUCCUGCAUGUGGUGCUGGCGGGCAGUGGCCGCAUCGAGGUGGUGUAUCCUGAUGGCCGCACCGCUCUGCACCAUGACGUUCACACCGGGGAUGUCAUUGCUGUUCCUGCACUCUUCCCUUCUUCCAUGCGCGCUCUCGUCCCCUCCUCCAUGGUACGUCCCCUCUCCCCACUCUCUCUUCUCCCCUCGUCCUUCCCAUUCAUUGUCAUUCAUUUGCUCCCUUUAUUCUUUGGUCUAUUCAACCUCCUCCCUACACCCUCCCCCUUUCCCUUGUCUCAUAAACCACACACAGGCGUCAGAGGAGGGUAUGAUGUGGAUCGCCAUAGCCAACCGCCCGCUCUCCCCGCCAUCUUUCCUAGCAGGGGGCACAUCGGUGAGGCGUCAGAGGAGGGAAUGAUGGGGAUCGCCAUUGCCAACCGCCCCCUCUCCCCGCCCUCUUUCCUCGCGGAGGCCGCAUCGGUGUUCAAGGGUAUCUCCAAGCGCGUGCUCAUGGCAGCAUGUGUUGAGGAGCUAGAGGAAGAACGAACUCUACAUUCUUGCCCUUCCUCCUGUUCACUCUCCUCCCCAGCGUAUGCCCACCUCCCUUCUACCUCCCUUGGCCCUCAACAACAGGAGGCUUCAGAAGAGGGGAUGAUGUGGAUAGUCAUCGCCAACCGUCCGCUCUCGCCCCCAUCUUUCCUUGCGGGGGCCACAUCAGUGUUCAAGGGCAUCCCUAAGCACGUGCUCAUGGCGGCAUUCAACGUGGAGAAAGAGCUUGAGGAUAAGUUUUACAAGGCCCGCCGCGACCCGUCCGAGAUUGCCAUCUUUCCGCCCUCUGGGAAGACCACUGCCACUGCAUAG